CUACCUCCCUUGAAGAGAAACCCCCACGAAGCUUCCUUCUAAUUUCCCUUCCUCUUUCCUUUCAAUUUUAUUAUCCCUUUCUUUCUCUCUUCAAUUAUCAACAAAUUCAUUCCUUCUCCUCUCUUUUCACUCCCAGUUUCCCCCAUAUCGCAGCCGUCAAUGGCCGACGACGACGACGACGGCGGACUCUUCUCUCCACCGUCCUACAAACGCUACGCCUUCAGCGGAAAAAUCAUGCUCGGCGCAAUCAUUUUAUUGUUAUUCGUCGUCAUCCUCAUGAUUUGUCUUCAUCUCUACGUUCGAUUAUACCUACUUUCCUCCUCCCGCCGGCAAUCCCACAGCCGCAUCCGCCGCCGCCGCCGCCGUGAGCACUUUGUCUUCACGGCGGAGCCUCGAAUUGCUGCCGCUCCGUCGCAUGGUUUGCCGCAAUCGAUUCUCAAAUCCCUACCCGUUUUCGUUCACUCGGGGAAACCUGACCCGGAUCCGAUUUAUUGUGCGGUUUGUUUAUCGGAAUUUGAAGAGAACGAAAUCGGGCGGAUUAUUCCAAAAUGUAACCACAGCUUCCACGUGGGAUGUAUUGAUAUGUGGUUUUAUUCGCACGUGACUUGCCCGCUUUGUAGAUCCGAGGUGAAACCCGAACUCGGAUCUGGAUCCGGCCCAUUUGAUGACCCGGUCGAGAUAGCUAUUGAUAUUUCUGAACCGGGUUCAAGCUCUGGUGAGGAAGAACCAGAUCGUUGGUGUCCGGUUGAGAUGGCGGCGUCGGUGGAGCUAGUGGACAACGAGUCGAGGCAAGUGGUCGACAUGUCGGAUGAUGGGACGUCAAGGAUAACGGCGAAUUUUGUGAAGUCGUUGUCCGUGAAGGAGGAAAUAGAAGCGGUGCAUUCAGAAAGAUAACAGUCUGUGGCGUAACGGAACGGGGUUGGAGUUGUAAAUAUCUAUUUGGUGUCAACUAAAAUACAAAUACGAACUUUUCAUUUUUUCCCCUUA